ACCGGAGCCUUUGCGGGGGUAAUGACGCAUACAUUUACCAGGAUAUCUGCCACCGAAAUGGAGUCAUCAGCGUACACGCAGAGCUUCCAGGGCAUGAGGGGAACAGUCUCUCUCAUCUUGGAGGCCAGCAGCAUGGUGACCGCGGCCACAAGCUGCAGGUCACACGUCUCCACGGCAUGGAUGCGCAGAAGAAGAACGUCACCCGGAAGUGAACCUACUACAAAAAGAUGGACUGGGGGAAAAUAUCAAUAAUGGGGGUCACUUGAAGAAGAACGUCACCCGGAAGUGAACCUACUACAAAAAGAGGGACUGGAGGAAAAAUAUCAAUAAUGGGGGUCACUUGAACGUCACCCGGAAGUGAACCUACUACAAAAAGAGGGACUGGAGGCAAAAAUAUCAAUAAUGGUGGUCACUUGAAGAAGAACGUCACCCGAAAGUGAAUUUACUACAAAAUUAGAGGGACUGGAGGCAAAAAUAUCAAUAAUGGUGGUCACUUGAAGAAGAACGUCACCCGGAAGUGAACCUUCUACAAAAAGAUGGACUGGGGGAAAAAAAUAUCAAUAAUGGGGGUCACUUGAAGAAGAACGUCACCCGGAAGUGAACCUACUACAAAAUUAGAGGGACUGGAGGCAAAAAUAUCAAUAAUGGUGAUCACUUGAAGAAGAACGUCACCCGGAAGUGAACCUACUACAAAAAGGAGGACUGGGGAAAAAUAUCAAUAAUGGGGGUCACUUCCUGAGUUUAUAGCUUAUAUUGUGCUAUUUUUAUUAAUAUGCUUAUAGUUUAUUCUGGUGGUUUAUUCUGACCAACUCUUUUUUUUUUUUACUGGAAAACAACAUUUCACCGCAGAAGAAGAACGUCACCCGGAAGUGAACUUACUACAAAAAGAGGGACUGGAGGAAAAAAUAUCAAUAAUGGAGGUCACUUGAAGAAGAACGUCACCCGGAAGUGAACCUUCUACAAAAAGAUGGACUGGGGGAAAAAUAUCAAUAAUGGGGGUCACUUGAAGAAGAACGUCACCCGGAAGUGAACCGACUACAAAAAGAGGGACUGGAGGCAAAAAUAUCAAUAAUGGUGGUCACUUGAAGAAGAACGUCACCCGGAAGUGAACCGACUACAAAAAGAGGGACUGGAGGAAAAAAUAUUAAUAAUGGGGGUCACUUGUGUGUGCCAAGUGCCGGUGGCAGAGGGGAAGAGUAUCCAGCAGACUGUGGACACCUUGCACAAGAAACUGGAGCAGUUGGGUGCUGUGAAACAGGGCAGCUUCUGUGUCGACUGUGAGACUUACCAUGCAACUGGAAGUGUCAGCGGUCAGACCUCCAAGCUCCUGUACGUGAUGCACAACUCUGAAACGCCACUGAGCUGCCUGGCUCUGUUCGAGAACGGUCCCUGCCUAGUCGCCGACACCAACUUUGAUGUCCUCAUGGUGAAGCUGAAGAGCCACUUCCAGAAUGCAAAGGGCCACAAAGUGGAGUGUCGGGGGUCACGAUACCGCUACUGUGACUUCUUGAUUAAAGUCGGCACAGUCACCAUGAGCUCCAGCGCCAGGGGGAUAUCAGUCGAGGUGGAGUAUUGUCCCUGUGUGGUUCCAGGGGACUGCUGGAAACUUAUGAAGGAGUUCAUGCAGUCUUUCCUCGGCUCCAGUGUGCCAGAGCUUCCGUCUGUGUUUGCUACUAAGCCCGAAGGCAUUUUCGCAGUGUCGGACUGCGUCGACACGAUGACUCAGUACCUGGAGUUGUUCAACAAACUCCGUAAACUGCAAAUCCAAAGCAGUAAUGUGCGCUGAAUUGUCGGUACGAAUAUUUUUUGCUAUAUUGCUCGUCUUUUUAGUUUCAAUCUUGUGGAUCGGGAAGAGAUGUGGAUGUUUUGUCUUGGAUUAAAACAAAAUCUUUGU